AUGGCCAACAUCCCUCUUCCGUACAAGAUCUUCUUUCUCUGGAUUGAACCAGUCGCAACUCUAGCCGGUGCAUAUUAUGCCUGGUUUGAACCGUCGACAUACCUUGAAGACACUCAUCUUCCGUCAGCGCCUGGGAUACUCGGUUUGCCGAUAAGCACGCACGUCGUGCUGCGCCAACUCGGCAAUUUGUACCUCGCAUUCGCACUUAACGAGGCAUUGGUCUUGCGCGCCACAAACGACCUAAAAGUCUGGCGCGCACUGCUACUCGGCCUGCUGAUUGCGGACUUUGGGCAUUUGUACAGCUGUUAUCCGCUGGGCCUGAAAAUGUAUUACGACCUGGCCAAUUGGAACGCCAUCGCAUAUGGCAACUACUUGUUCGUCUACUGCGGCGCUGCUACUAGGAUCUGCUUUUUGCUGGGCGUGGGCAUGGGCGGUCCCAAAAGUGCUAAGAGCAAGGUCAAGAAAUCAGUCAGGUUGGCGCUCGAGGAAGCUCCUCCUGUUACGCCACAGCAAAUGAACAAGUCCCCUGCACAGAGCACGCGAAGGAAGAAGAACAGGUCCUCGUAG